GUGUAUCAGCAUCGCCAGUUACAGCCUCCCCCCCCGCAUCAACACGCCAAGGCACAUGUCAGUCACGGGUCGGUCGAUCAAGCGGCACCAGCGCCAGUGACAUACGAUACGACACGACACGACACCAGCAGGGCCAGUACCGACCACCCAGCUUACCUCGCACCUUACCACGCCCCUCUUUACGUUACCUCGCUGCUGCUCGCCGCCCGGACACCGUCUCUCUCACUCUCGUCGCCAUCACCAUCGUCAGCUCCGCCGCUGCCGUAACCGUAUCCACGAUCAGAUCGACCUACAGGGAGCUCGCCGUCCAUUACGCCAGAACAGCCCAGACCUAGCAGUGACCGACCCUCUUUGCGACAGAGCGAGCAAAGCGCACCGGACUUGCGCACGCCCAGCUCGUCCGGGUUCCCCUGCCCCUCCGCACGACCACCGCGCACUACGGGGGGUUGCGGCCUGUACGGCGGCGCGCGCGCCUUUCGCUCAUCGUCCUCGCUACCACGAUUUCGAAGCCGGAGCCCGCCUCGGCCGAGGCUUGCGACUGCGACCGGACCCGGAUCGCACCGGACGUGCAGACGGGGAGGGAGGUGCUUGCUCGCUCUUGAUAGCAGCGGAGUCGGCAUUUCGAUAAGGGAAGGCCUUGCGCGAGCUGGGAACAAUUGGGGGGACCUUGUGGGAAGUCUGCCGGCUGCUGCACUGAUUGUCAGGUCGAGAGUGCGCUCCGUGUGACUGCUUUGAGGCAUCAGUCUUCCGAGAAAGUAAGAGUUGGUCGACGUGGUAUACACAUACAUACGACCUGUCCUCACCAACUCGCCCGUCAUGUUUUCGCAGAAGAAACCCUACUCGGCGGUCACCGUCACCAUCGAGAACCUCACCUCCGAGUCGUACGGCGAGGACGACCUCAGCGGCAUCCCCGACCUCGUCGACGUGAUCAAGCUGCAGGCAUCGGGCCCGACCGAGGCCGCCCGCGCCAUCCGCAAGAAGCUCAAGUACGGCAACGUCCACCGCCAGGUCCGCGCCCUCGUCCUGCUCGACGGGCUCAUUCAGAAUGCCGGGUCCGUAUUUCAGCGUGGCUUCGCCGACGAGCCCCUCCUCGAGCGCCUCCGCGUCUGCGGCACCUCGGACCUCUCCGACCCGGUCGUUCGUAAGAAGUGCACCGAACUGUUCCGCGAGUGGUCCCAGUAUGCGUCCACGCCGGGUCUCGAGCGCAUCGCCCGCUUGUACAAGGAACUGCCUAAGCGCAAGGUUGCUGUCACGCAAGAGCGCUCCAAGGUCAUUCAGGAGACUGAGAACCCCUUCGAGGAUGACGAGGAGGAAGAAGCCGAACGGCGGGCCGCCCGGGCAUCCUCAUCCUCGUCGUCAGCAGCCACAUGGGUGCCUCAGAUCGGCCCGGCUAUGGAUCGUGACGGCCCGUUGAAGCCCAGCGACAGUUCUCGAUGGGGCAGCGGUAAGAAGAAGAGCAAGGACAAGUCGUCCAAGUCUAAGGGCGGUCUGCGCAAGCCGUUCAAUCUCGAGGCCGAGAAGGAGAAGAUGAAAUCGGUCAUCGCCGAGUCGUCCAUCGCUUCGACCAACCUUAUGAACGCCCUGCAGAGCAUCAAUCGUGAGCGUGAGCGCAUCUCGGACAAUAAGGUCGCCGUGCACCACUUUGAGGCUUGUAAGCAGCUCCGUAGGAGGAUACUACGCUACAUUCACCAGGUGGAAAGUGAGCAGUGGUUGGGAAGUCUGCUACAUGCCAAUGAUGAGCUUGUACACGCCCUCAUGUCCUUUGAGCAAAUGGAUCAGUCCAUCGACGCCGACAGCGACUCGGACGACGAACUUGCCGAGCAGGCUCACAUGUACCGAAUGGCCACUCUCAAGGCUCAGGAGGACAAGGUCCAGUCACCGCAGUCUUCUCACGCUCCCGACCUGUCCGGCCUCUCGCUCAACACGAAGCCCAAGGCCAUGACAGCCCCUCACGCAGGCCCUCCGCGGCCGCCGCGUCGCCCUGACGGACCCGCCCCUGUCGGCCGCGACGACGAUUCAGACGAGGAUGACGACGACGAGGAUGACGACAACCCGUUUGGAGACAAAAAUGUGGUUGAGACGCCGGCGCAUGAAACGGCGGAACCUAGGUGGUAGGGGCUAAUUUGAGAAGAGAGAGACAGUGAGGCUUGGGGAGAACCCUGAGAGAACGGGAGCACCCCCGUACCCUAUUCUCAUCGUGGCUCAGUAGCCGUUGCGGGCAAGUGUCGGGCAAGACUGAUCGGGCGAAUGCUCCCUCGGGCGGGUUGGAACAGUCCCCGGGGGGUGGGGGUUCGAAUUGCCGGCUGAGGGUUGAGGGACUCGCCUUCCAGGCGCCAUGCGGAAACCCUCCUUUUUCGUGUGACGUAUCAUCUGGGAAGGAAAAGGCCAUCUACGUACUACAACUAACAUAUCUCAAAGUCCAAAUCUGAAUCUGAACCUUGCCCCAAAAAUGGAGGGUGGCCCCUAUGACGCGGAGAAUUUGCUUCUCGAAUAAGCCGAAACACACAACAGCAGAAACGGAAACAAGAAAGGGGAAACCCGGAGGCGCAGGACUAUCAGACCUAUCGACACACUGAUGUUAGAAAGUAGAGAGAGCAAGAGGGAGAGAGAGAGAGAGUGUGUGUGUGUGUAAACGCGUGCGACAGAGAGAGAAAGAGCGGGACACAGACGAAGC